AGUUAGAAGGAGAGAAAAUAAUAUCAAAAAUGUUGAAAGAGUUGGUGAAGGAGCGACUAAUGGUGGCAGCUGAUGAAAUAUUCGGGCUGUUUGAAAGAACGAUAGCCUCAUACGAGGAGGAACUUGAACGAACGAUAGCGUCGUACGAGGAGGAACUUGACAGGACAAUAGCGUCUUACGAGGAGGAACUUAGCCGAACAAGAGAGGAGAACGAGCGACAACGACAACAACUGGAAGCUUUCUGCAAGACUCAGAUAGGGCUACACGUUAAAGAAUCAUGUGGCCCUAGUCAAGAGGAACAUCCCCCUGAUCCGCAGGGGGUGAGCUCCACUUUGGAGCAGGAGGAUCCGCAGCCCCCCCACAUUAAAGAGGAAGAAGAGGAACUCUGGACCACUCAGGAGGAAGAGUGUCUUCUCGGGCUGGAGAAGGCCGAUCUCAGCAAGUUGCCACCGACUGGGGUCUCUGUGAAGACGGAGGACCAUGAGGACGAACCACAAGCAGACAGCCUCUUUGCUCCGCUAUCAAAUAGUGACGGCACGUCACACUCUGAUGAGGCUGAAGACAGAGAGCACACCCAAGAACCUUUGAGCAGUGAUGCAGACUGUGAAGGUGAUGCGAGGACUCAUACUGACAACAAACGCUCUGCACGCUCUAAAAAGAAGACAGCUAAAAAAUGGUUGACAUGCUCAAUUUGUGCUAAAUGCUUUCCUUAUGAGAGCCAUUUGACUCUACACAUGCGGACACACACUCGAGAAAAACCCUUUAGUUGCUCAGUUUGUGGUAAGGGAUUCUCUCAAAAGGGAAAUAUGGUAUCGCACAUGACAACGCAUACAGAAGAAAAACCUUUUAGUUGCUCAGUUUGUGGUGAAAAAUUCUCUAGAAAGUCCUAUUUGGUGUUGCACACGAGAACACACACAGGAGAAAAACCUUUUAGUUGUUCAGUUUGUGGUCAAAGAUUAUCACGAAAGUCAAAUAUUAUGUCACACAUGAGAACACAUACAGGAGAAAAACCAUUUAGUUGUUCAGUUUGUGAGAGAAGAUUCUCUCAUAAGAUCUCUGUGGUAAAACACAUGAGAACACACAAGGGAAAAAGCCUUUGAUUGCUCCGUUUGUGGUGAAAGUUAUUUUUAUAUGACAAGUUUGACAACACACACGGCGUAUAAGUAUUUUUCUCGCCAUUUUGUGCAAAAUAUGGUCAAAUCAUAGAAGUGCAACAUGAGACAGCUGACUUCGGGCAAGAGGCAGGGUACACCCUGGACUGGUCACCAGCAGGGCACAUAUAGACAAUCAUUCACACUCACACUCAUACCUAUGGACAAUUUAGAGUCACCAAUUAGUCUUACUUUUACACAAUACAUAAUAAAUAAGAUAAAUUAGAUCACUAUAAUCUACAUUUAUGGUGUAGAAAUAAGAGUACCUGGUCUUUGAUGCUCUAUGUUGGACUUCCUCUCAGCCGUCAGAAUCAGGAAAGUCAAAGAAUAAAUGACAUCUGUCUCAUGCCAAUGUAACCCAGUGUUUCAGGAUGCUAGCUGAUGUGGAAGUUUGGUGUAAAUAAAGGACGUGAUCUACAGUUUAUUAUUUGCACAGUACGUCUCUGUUAGCAACAGUCAAGGGACCUUCUGAACUCGCGCAACACGCUUUCGGCCUUCAAAAUAAGAGCACUUUGGGCUAUAUCCUGUUUACCUGUGUUAACGAAAUAAGGAUGUCAUAAAAAAAAUAGCUUACACCAACAUUCAGGCAGCAAAUAAAGUAUAACACUUUUCAAAAGUAAACAUCUUUUGUGAAAGUGUACUCCUGAAAAAAGAAACUUCAUAACAACAUUUAUAUUCAAAUUGAAUGGUUUGAUAUUUAUAUACUGGUUGAAAAGAGCCCUGUAAGAAGUUCAUAGUAAAGUUGAUGGAAGUUUAAAUUGUUAAAGUUAAUAUUAUUCAACAAUUCAUGGAGAAGUUCAAACAUUUCAUCCAAAAAGAACUUCGAUCAGCGCCGUCAUUUAAAUCAGGCAAACUUCUAUGACCCUGCCUUUUAAAAGCAUCGGAAUCGAGAAUCAUUAGGAACCGGAGUCGGAAGUGGAACCGGAAUCGUUAAAAUUUAAACGAUGGCCAACUCGUGGGCUAAGAGAGUGAAUCCUCUGUUUUGUCGGGUCUGAUUCAGCUCGGACAGGAAGAGGAAAGGAGAGGACUUGAGGCACGGACCACAUCUGUUGCUUUUCCCACAUUUACACAAAUGCAGUAACAGUUGCACAACUAGUGCGAUGUUACCUGGUUUCCUUUUUUUAAAUUUAGCUAGCUGUAACAAGUGUCAGUAAGUGAACGAGUACCCGUGAGGCCCGAUUCAGGAAAAUUCACAAGUUUUGAAUGAUUUCUUCAUGACUCACACAUCUGUAGUCACGGCAGCGAGUCGACCAGAGACCAGAACACAUGUGGAGUCUAUAAAACAGUUGACUGGGAGUCAUGUUAAUGGAAAUGUAGGGUGCAGCCACGUGACAUCGUCGUACAUCAAUGAGAGGACUAUGCAAAAUACACGUGGUAAAUAAACGUAUGUGUGUACAUUUUCAUCUAUCCCUGAAUGAGCAGUGUGGACGUCUUGAUGCGCUACGAACCUGUGACAAGCUUGUGAUGUCACCGAAGACUUUAUGAUGCACAAAGACAGUUAAAUAACUGCUUUUGGUGCAUGUGGUUGUUGUACCAAAAGGUUUUUUUUUUUUUUGCAAGGAACAAGCAGCAUGGAAAAUUCAAAUGCUUCCAGCUUAGACACCUACGUCAUGUCUUACAUUGACAAGCUUGUGACCGAUGUCACCAAAGACCUCAAUGCCAACAAAGUUCGCCUCCUGUCUUGUCGCCCGGAGGAAAGAGCCCACAUCAAAUGCAAAAUCAAAAGCCAGUUUGCUGUCCUGGAAUAUCUUCAGGGGAACCGAACGAAAAACAGCAAAAUUCAGCUGUGGAUUGAGAUUCACACGCUGAAGACGAAGAUAAAGAUGUCUGAAAACCAAGAGAAGCACAAUGCUGACAAGUUGUGUGCCAACUGGAAGGUAAUUGAUGACCUGAGGAUGCAGCUUCGCCAGAGUCAGAGGAAAGAGAGAGAAAACGCAGCGGUCACAGAGAGGACCAUUCAGGAGCUCAGCUGCCAGCUGAGAGAGCAACUUCUGAACGUUCAGCAGAUGAAGGAGCAGCUUGUCAAAUAUGUCUCCAUCAUUCCUUCCAUCCAGCACCAGGAUGAGAACAUGACUGCAACAGAGAUGGAGGACAAGCUCCAAGCUGUGAAAGCAGCUUUACUCAGGAUGCAGGAUGCACACGUGGCCAAAAAAAGCGUUCCUUUCAAGACAGACAGUGACCCGACACUCAAGCAAAGCCUGUCAGAACCAGAUGGACACCAAAGUAUUCAGGAACCUGCUUCAGAGGUCUGCCAGAAAGGGGCCAGUUCAGCACAAGGGACCAGCAAGAAGAAGAACUGGUGUCAUCAGCUCUUCCCUUGCUUUGCUCGACUUUAUAUGAACAGGAAUUAGCCUUGUAAAUACAGUCAAACUUGUCUAUAGCGGCCACUAGAGGGAGUCUGCAAAAGUGACCGCUAUAGACAGGUGGCCUCUAUAGACAGGUUGGCGUCCAGUUUGAAUGUUGACCAGUAGAGGGAAAAAAAGAAGAAAAAAAAAGGGAAAAAAUAAUAAUAAUGUUGACCAGUAGAGGGCACUGCGGACUGCGGCUAAAAGUUGUACAGCACUACUAGGCUUGUUAUUAUCAUGGUUCAUGGUUUUAAUCCUGAACAUGCAUGAGUCAAACAGUAGCACAUCACAUAGUACAAUUCACAAUUUUGCAUGUCCAAAAAGGAGUAGGAAGAAGCAAAGCUUAUUUAAUCCUACCCCUCAUCAGUUUCACAUCAGUUGCAAUACAUUUAUUCACCUCUUGUUCUUCCAAGUGUACUUUGUAGGUCUACAUGACAAUGUAGUGCAAUCAUAGCCAAGGUUUUUACUUACUAAAAGGAAGCUAGAGGCUUAAUAAUAACUGAUAGAAUAUGCGUCCCGAGCAGGAGAGCUAAGCAGGGGAGCUAAGCUCAGUGCUAGCUGUGAGUUUCGAGAGAGUUGGGAAGUGUGUUUAUGUUAGCGUGGAUGUAAAGUCCUGCAUUACAAUAUUGACACAUUGUCAGACACCAGGAAAUAAACGGUGUCAUUUCUUACAGGCAUUGGCUGGACAGCUAUGUAGUGGGGCUUGUUUAACCUUUGCCUUGUGGGCAAGCAGGAAGGAGAGACGAUGCUGAGAGAUGUGUGUGUGUUCUGAGCUGCUGUCUGGUGGCCGCGUUCAAUAAAUAAAGUUGGCAGAAGCAACAGGAGAAGUUUCCUUCUUUGCUUCGGAGCUGAAUAACACUGACAAGUUAACAGACUAGUAGCGAACGGAAAAGAAGACGGCUUUUUUUGUGUCGAAUACAGAAGAUGAGGACUCAGUUUUCCCGCUGCCGCAUGCAUGCUGGCGUAUGUUUUUUUUUUAUUGUAGCGUCGCUGGGAGCACGUCCUGUUCCCAGCCUACUUUGCGGUAAUGUUUUGGUGCAAAUGCUCUUAAAGUUACAUGUUUGACCAGGAAAUAGCAAGCUCAAAAGAAGACGGCUUUUUUAUGUGGAACAACUGACAGUUUGUGUGGAUCUUGUAAAUGAUUGUGACUGAGCUCGGACUCAGUAAUUAAAGUCUCCACACGACGCCUUCAUUGAUUGAAAAACAAAACUUUUUCGUGCAUGAAGCUUCUACUUGAGUCGGUAAUUUGGCCGCUAUAUGCGGUUAGAUAUUGACCAAGGGAGACAAAAUGGGUGGCCGCUGGCUGUGUUAGACAGGUGACUGCUAUACAUAGGGUCUAUAACAUGUAAAUUUGCUGUGGGGGAUUUUUCAGUGGCUGCUAUAGGCAGGUGGCCGUUCUAUAAAGGUGGCCGCUAAGACAGGUUUGACUGUAUUCAGAUUCUAGGAUAUAAUCUAUUGGACUAUGAAUUAGUCUUGCAAACUACAGUGCCUUUAUAUUUGUAUUCAUUAAAUAUGUUUUAAAAUGAAAACUAUAUAGAUGUAUGGUUUUAUACUUUGGUAUUUGUAAAUUUAAAAAAUUGGACAAAUACCUAUAAUGGCCAUUCUCCGCUUAUCCGGGUCCGGGUCGCGGGGUUAGCAGUCUCAGUAGGGAAACCCAGACUACCCAGUCUCCAGGCGCCUCUUCCAGUUCCACCGGGUGGACACCAAGGGCGUUCCCAGGCCAGCUGUGAGACAUAAUCCCUCCAGUCCAGCGUGUCGUAGUUUGCCCCGGGGCCUCCUACCGGCUGGGCAUGCUCCUCCCUCGGGAGGCCUCCAUGAGGCUCGUCUUGAUGUGAAGAAGCAGCGGCUCUACUCUGAGCCCCUCCCAGAUGACCGGCUCCUCACCUUAUCUCUUAGAGUGAGUCCAGCUACCUAUAAGGAAACUCAUUUCAGCUGCGAUCUCAUUCUUUUGGUCAGCUCAGUAGUACCCUUGCAAGGGUGUAGAGCUGGUCCAAUGUUGCCACCCGGACCAAAACCACUUUGCACUUCCUGUAGCCGAGGUUCCACUCACGGCCGUACCCUUCUCUCCAACACUCUGUAAUAGACUUUUGCAGGGAAGCUGAGGAGCGUCAUUCCUCCUAUAGUUGGACCACACCAUCUGGUCACCCUUCUUGAAAAAGUUGUUUUCUAACCAUGCAUGUUAAAAUAAAGUAACGCUUGUUCUGUUUCAGUUUAUGAAGAAAAUAUCACAUUUUGGUAUAUUUCAUGGAAGCAGGGUACUGUUGUACUGUAACAUUUACAUUCAAAAUGCUCUCUUUCCUUUUUUGGGGGAUAAAUGCUUGAUUUGCACUCAUCAC